AUGGUGAGUAUCACCGGAAAACCGCUUUUAUUUUUCUGUCUUAGUUUCAUAUACCUAAUCAACGUUCAUGUCAAAGCACAACCCGAAUACCUUUACCAUAUCUGCCCAAACACUACUACUUAUACCCCCAACAGUAGUUACGCUAGAAAUCUUGAUGCCACCAUCUCUUCCCUCUCCAACACAAACUCUGGCUACGGGUUUUUUAACUCCUCUCAAGGUCAACAGCCUAAUACAGCCAACGCAAUCUCACUUUGUCGAGCAGACGUGGAUCGAGCCUUGUGCCGAAGAUGUUUGAAUGAAUCAACUGUUCGGUUAAGACAAGCUUGUCCUAAUCAAAGAGAAGCAAUAACAUAUUAUGAUAUUUGUCUCUUGAGGUACUCAAAUGCCACUAUAUUGGGAAAUUUUGAGAUGAACAAAGAUGUUGUCUACAUGUGGAACGUUAAUAAUGCAACUAAUAGGUCUCAGUUCAAUGCGGCUCUGAGACCGUUGAUGAACAAUUUGAGUAGUGAAGCAGCUGCUGGUGGUUCAUUGCUGAAGUUUGCUAUGGGUAGCACAAUUGGACCUGAUUUCUCAAGAAUAUAUGGCCUUGCACAGUGUGUGCCAUAUUUAUCGGAGCAGCAGUGCAAUACUUGUUUGGAAUCUGCAACUAAUCAAAUUCCAAGCUGCUGUGACGGGAAAAUUGGAGGAAGAGUUCUUACAGCAAGUUGUAACAUCAGGUUUGAGACAUAUCAAUUUGGCAUCAACACCUCACUUAUCCCCUCACCACCAUCACCUCCACCACCACCACCACCAGUUCAGCGGUUUCCUCCCGUUCUACCAACACCAGGCACAAAUAGUAACACAACUCGCACUGUGAUCAUUAUUGUUAUUCCAACAGUUGGUGUGAUAAUACUGGCUACCAUUUGCAUUUUCAUGGUAUUGAAGCGGAAGAAAAAAUAUGUCCAUAAAGUUGAUGAUGAAACAGUGGAUAUCAGCAAUGUUGAAUCAUUGCAAUACGACUUCGGGUUGGUCAAAGAAGCAACAAAUGAAUUUUCCGAGGACAAUAAGCUUGGAGCAGGUGGAUUCGGGUCCGUUUACAAGGGUAAGCUUCAAAACGGAGAAGAAAUAGCAGUAAAGAGGCUAUCAAAGGAUUCGGGACAAGGUGAAACUGAAUUCAAGAAUGAGGUUGUGCUUCUAGCAAAGCUACAACAUCGUAAUUUGGUUAGGUUGCUUGGCUUCAGCAUUGAAGGAACAGAAAAGCUUCUCAUAUACGAGUUCUUGACAAAUGCUAGCCUUGAUCAAUUUAUAUUUGGAGAUCCAAGUAAGCGUACAUUUCUUGAUUGGGAUAGACGAUACAAAAUUAUAAGAGGGGUUGCUCGAGGCCUUCUUUACCUUCAUGAAGACUCACGUUUGACGAUAAUCCAUCGUGAUAUGAAAGCUAGUAAUGUUUUGCUAGAUGCAGAAAUGAACCCGAAGAUUGCAGACUUUGGCAUGGCAAGGUUAUUUAACCCUGAAGAAACCCAUGGAAGCACAAACCGAAUUGUUGGAACUUAUGGUUAUAUGUCGCCAGAAUAUGCAAUGCAUGGACAAUUCUCCAUAAAGUCAGAUGUUUUCAGCUUUGGAGUAUUAGUGCUUGAAAUACUAACCGGUCAAAAGAACACAUGCUUUCGGAUCGGGAAGGGCAUUGAAGAUCUUCUUAGCUAUGCCUGGAAAAGUUGGCGAGACGGAAAUGUAUCUGAUAUGAUAGAUCCUGCAUUGAUGGUUGGACCAGGUUCAUUGCAUGAGAUCAUGAGAACCCUCCAUAUUGGUUUACUGUGCGUUCAAAAUAAUGUUGUUGACAGGCCAACCAUGGGUUCAGUUGUACUUAUGCUUAAUAGUUUCUCUCUUACUCUCCGACUACCAUCUGAGCCAGCUUUUUUCAUGCAUAGCGGUAUUGAUUCCGAAAUGCCACUUCAAGGGUACAUUAGUACUUCAGGGACAAGUGGCUCAGGAACAACUAAAAGGAGAUCUAGCUCUUCUCAGGUUUCUAUUAAUGAUGCUUCAAUAUCCGAGAUUAUUCCAAGAUAGUCUUGACAAUGUAUUUCAUAUGGUAUGCAUAAGCUUAUGGUCUUCAUUGAAACCUUACUUAGAUCCUUCCCAUGGAAGUCUAGUGGUUAUUUAUCAAAUAGAAAUAACCCAUAAGAAACUUUUUUCCCCCUUUCUUGUAUGUAUCAUACUCUGUUGUAUUUAAUGUAACGAAUUGGGAUAAACAAAGGAAUCAAGUGGAUCAAACGCAAAUAAUUGCCAUG